AUGCUGUUGCUUCCCUGUGUCGAUCCGUACCCGCGUCUCUUUUGUCUUCUUGUUUUUCUGGACAGCUACCUCGGUCUUAACCAGGAGAGGCUAGAGGGAGACGAGUACCUCCAGGUGGUGGAUGAGUUCGUUGCGGCGGUCAAGGCCAGGUGGCCAAAGGCCUUGAUUCAGGUGGACGCCAUUGUCGUCACGGAUGGAUCGAGGAUACUCGGGCUCGGAGACCUGGGCAUGAACGGUAUGGGCAUCUCGAUUGGAAAGCUAAACCUUUACGUGGCGGCCGCGGGCUUCCACCCGGCCCGCGUGCUCCCCUGCGUCAUCGACGUCGGGACCAACAACAAGAAGCUUCUGGCGGACGAUAGGCGCAAGUGUAUGCGCACGCGCAACCGAACCGUAUUUGUGCGCUUUCUCUGCAUUGCGAAGGUUUGGUCGUUCUCGUUGACACCUUGGCCUGCCCCGUUCGUGGUGUGCGGGGCCGGCAGCGCCGGGAUGGGCGUGGUGCAGUGGCUGUGCAAGGCGAUGGAGAAGCACGGGGCCCCUCCUGACGAGGCUGCAGGUGGGUGCCUCGUGGAUGAUUGCUGA